GCCCACCAACCAACACAAGCAACCCUACAGUCACCAAAUAAUGACCGACCAACCUCCCAAAAAGGACAUAACCAUCUACCUAACCGGCUUCGGAGUCCUCCCCCUCCCUCUCUCUCCCCUACUCUUCCCUGAAAGAACCAAAAGCUAACCCCCCACUCCCAGCCCUUCAGAAGACACACCCAAAACUCCUCCUGGGCAAUAACAUCCAGCUUCCUACCGCACACAACAAUCCACACAGAAACGCACGCAAUAACGCUGCAGCCACACCCGCACUGGCUAAAAGUCGCCUAUGCCACCGUGACCUCCGAGAUCCCGCCCCUUCACACCGCCACGGAUAAUGAAUUCGACUACAUCCUCCACGUAGGCCUCGGAAAAGCGGGCGGAUACCACCUCGAGAGGCGCGCGUUCGAGGACGGGUACGUGUUCGGCGACGUGGACGGGAAGGUGCCCGGCGGGGCGGACGCUGCGCCUGAGAGGGGGAUUAUGCACAGUGAGGGAGAGGAGCGGCGGGAGCCGGGUGGUAGGGAGUUUGGGUGUGCGCUGGAUCUCCAGUGGGUUGUGGAGGGGGUGGAGAAAUUUGAGGUUUGUUUGCUCAUACCAUCGGAGGGAGGGCGGGAGGUAUGAAAGAAUGGUGAGGGCUGAUUGUGCGGAAAUUGCUCCCGACGCAGCCCGAGGAGACGCCCGGUAAGGAAUUGCCCAUCAAAGUUUCCGACGAUGCGGGUAGGUUCCUGUGCGAGUUUAUCUACUACACUAGCCUUAAGGCGGCCUGCGAGAAGGAGGGGAAUGGCAAGUUGAAAAGUGAGAAGGUGCUGUUUAUGCAUGUUCCGCCACUGGCGGAGCCUUUUGGGGUUGAGACCGGGAGGAAGGUUUUGAUUGAGGUAGCCAAGGGGAUGGUUAAAGCUGGGGAGGAGAGAAAGGUUGUUAGUUAG